CUUAGAUCACAGUCAUAUAAAUAUCGUUCUCGCAAUAAAUUUUAUUUCAUUUGUAUGAACCUUUAUUUACUAUGUGUCGACAAUUUUUCAUAUUCUGUAUUUUAGUUUCCGCCAUUAUUGGAUCAGAGGCAGCUGACACAUGUAAUUCUUCAAUCUUCCCAUCCACGUUUAAAUUUGGUGCAGGAACUUCGGCUUUCCAAAUCGAAGGUGGCUGGAAUGAAGAUGGCAAAAGCAGAUCAUGGUGGGAUUGGUUUUCCAACAGCUAUUCUAUAUACAUAAAUAAUGCUACUGGAAACACUGCCUCUGAUUCUUACCAUCAAUACAAGCAAGAUAUUGCAUCCAUGGUGGCUAUGGGUCUGCCAAAUUAUAGAUUUUCUUUGUCAUGGACCCGGAUAUUACCUAAAGGCCUAAACUACAGCAUAAACCAAGCUGGUGUAGACUAUUACAAUAAUUUACUUGAUGAACUAGAAGCAGCUGGAAUAGAACCACUUGUAACCAUUUAUCACUGGGAUACACCUUAUGCCCUGGAUUUCCUCGGAGGUUGGACAAAUCCUAAAAUGGUCGACUACUUCGUGGCUUACGCAGAUAUUGCUUUUAAUCUUUUUGGAGACAGGGUUAAAUUAUGGGCAACAAUUAACGAGCCAAAAUCAUUUUGCGAAGGAAUUCCAAGCGUAGUGGUAAAUCUUUUUCCAGAAAUGCCUAUUGGUACCUAUGAAUAUCUAUGUGGACACCAUGCAAUUUUAGCACACGCAAAAGCCUACAGAUUAUAUAAAGAAAAAUACCAAGCCACGCAGCAAGGCCGAGUAAGUCUAGUAUUGGACUUAGGUUAUAAUAUGGGACUUACAAAUUCUACAGUGGAUGAAGACGCUGCGGAGAGAAAAAAUUUAUUUGAAUUUGGUUGGUUUGCUCAUCCAAUAGUCUAUGGCGACUAUCCAGAUAUAAUGCAAGAAGUAAUUGCAAAUAACAGUGCACGCCAAGGAUUCCCCGUAUCUCGACUACCUAAGUUUACGAGCUCAGAAAAACUUCUUGUACAAGGGGCCUACGACCUCAUUAUGUUAAACACUUAUACAUCUUAUAUGAUCACUAUGGCCAAUUACAGCAACUCUCCUUCAUACCAAAAUGAUUUGCAAACAAGUACAAGCCAGUCAAGUGAAUGGCUUAGUUCUGGGUUAUCAACUUUUAAGGUUCAUCCAGAGGGUACGAGAAAAGUACUAAAAUGGAUAAGUGAUACAUAUGCAAGUCCCGAAAUAAUAAUCACGGAAAAUGGAUUCUCAGAUAAUACGGCUACGUUAAAUGACACCGAGCGAAUAAGCUUUAUAAAUGGUACUUUGACUAAUAUCCGUUUAUCAAUGUGCGAUGAUGGAGUUAACGUCACCGGUUAUUUCUAUUGGAGUUUAAUUGAUAGUAUGGAAUGGAAUAGCGGAUACACUGUCAAAUUUGGAUUAGUACAAGUAGAUUUUGACAGCGAGAACCAUACAAGAACAUUAAAGAAUUCAGCCUAUUACUAUAAAAAUGUAAUUGAAACACGUUUAGUUAAUGGUUAAAUUGAUAAAUAAAGCAUUUACGCCUUA